UCUCUAUUUAUAUUCCCGUCCCCCAAAUCGCCUCCCUUCUUAUCCUUCGGAAGAAGACACCACACACACACAUCAUGUCAUGCAGGAAGCAGUAUUGACAUGCUUUAACGGAAGAUCAAUAUCCCAUUCAAUUUGUGUGUUUCCUUUUCCGUGUGCGUGCACACACACCCACACCCAUCCGCCCUUAUGCACGCACUCGGCAGGUAGCAUUCUUACACUCAGGAGACUACUUAUAAUGGCGGGAGGUAUAAAUUUCAGAGUAAUCAUGUCGCCGUUAUCGGCUGCGGGCAUUUGCUAUCGUCGGGAAGGUUCCGUAAGAAACAUCAUGGACCACAUCUGCAGACGACAUCAUGGUACAAACAGUCGGAGAGACGCGGGAACAGAUUCCAGUUCAUUGCGUACUUUUCCAAAGGUUCAGCUACAUAUUCAUCUCGACGGAGCAGUCAGACACGACACACUAUGGCGGGCUGCAAGAAAGAAAGGACUCUGCGGUCCGGCGAAUACAUUCCAUGAAUUUGUUGAUUUGGUUCGAUGUUCCAAAGGGGACCUAGUCAGCUUCCUCUCAUCAUUUGAUACAAUCCUUCCAAUAAUUGCCGGGGACCGAGAACUCAUCAGCCAAAUCGCUUAUGAACUCUGCGAGGACCAAGCCAACGAGGGCGUGGUGUAUUUCGAGGCACGGUACUGCCCCCACUACAUGUCUUCCUCGUUUUCAACACCAAGUAGCAGAAAGAAUUCGGUCGUCAAGGAUGACUACCUGACACCACGUGACGUAGUUAUGGCAGUGAAUGAUGGGAUGCGAAGAGGAUGCAGGCAAUUCAAUGUCAAAGGUCGCACUUUACUCUGCUUGAUUAGACCAUGUCCAGAGUUUUCCCAUGAAGUGGUUGAACUGAGUCACGAAUUCCUCAACGAUACCGUGGUCGGUAUCGAUAUGGCCGGAGACGAGGACGCUCCCUGUACGAAAGAACAUAUAGAUGCCUUCAAGCUAGCUGCUGAUUUAGGAUUACAUCGGACAGUUCAUGCCGGUGAACUUGGGCCAGCAGAAAAUGUGAGAUUUGCGGUCGAGGAGCUGGGAGCGGAACGGAUUGGGCAUGGCUAUCAAAUCUAUCAGGAUCUCGAUGUAUACAAAAUGAUACGGGAUCGCUUUGUACACCUUGAAUUAUGCCCAACCUCGAGUAUAUAUACAGGUGCCUGCAAAGGAAGGCUAUCGGAUCAUAUUGCUAAAAGAUUUGAAAAAGAUGGAUUCAAUAUAGGUAUCAACACAGAUGAUCCUACUUUACUUUCAAAUACGAUGGAGUCCGAGUUUGAACUCGCCAAAAGAUAUUUUGAUUUCAACGAUGGCCAACUGAAAAACAUGACAAUGAAUGCAGCUCGAGCAUCCUUUUUACCAGAGAGCGAAAAGACACAUCUCAUACAAGAACUCCAGACCAAGUUUGAUGCAUUAUGAUGUUGCGAUUUAGGCAUAGUUUAUUCUGUUUAAAAUGCAAGUAAUAAGUAUAGUUUUAAAACACAGAAAUUUAGUAUUAACGACAUUCUGACCGAUUUUGUAAAGAAAACUAUUAAUAUUUCAUCGAGAAAACAAUUAAUAUUUCAGCGAGGAAUUGGUAUAUAAAUAGUACAUGAUUUCUUAUCGAAUAAGAGCGAGUUUACUAUACAUGUAUACUGCCGAUACGCUCCCGAAAUUCCUAAUAUAACUAUUUUAAUCAUUUUGACGAGUUCUUAUUAUUGAGUUCAGUUUGAUAAAUGAAGAAUAGUUUUGCCUGUAAGAUCUGAUGCGCAGCUUAUGUAGGUUCGGUAUAGUUAUUUAAAGCAGGGUUCCGUUAGAGUAACAAAUGCAAAAUUUCUAUAACAAGUUUGAAAUCAGCCAAUCAUAUUAAAGAAUUUCAGUAGCUUUUAACUGUAUUUGCAAAUUUGAUAUUAUAACAUGUUUUGUGAAACGCUCCUCAGGUGUGUGUUUUAUAAAGCUAGUCGUAAAGUUACGCACGGGGUUCGAUCAUUAGUCGUGCGUAAAGUCAUUCGUAACUUACUAACAGCUUAAUGAAACAUAUAGAUAGAUUAACCCUAUAUAUGUAUCUGUCGAAAAAAGAGCGGCAAGCUCUCAUUUUCAAGCAAACAUUUUCUUAUGAAUGCUUUAACUAAGUAAACUACAAUCAUACUCGAUAUCUUAUAUGGAAAUAAAUCGUUUAGAUUGAUAUCUUAGAAGGUACCUCAUGUGACCUGACAAGGAAGCCUUUGAUUAUUAACGAAAGAUUAUGAAGUGUCAGAGUAAUUCAUUUUAAUCCAAACUUUGAAUAUAUUACAUUUGAACUUUAAGUCUGGUUGAAAUUCUGGUAAAGAAUCAAUAGUGAAAUUUACAUUCUAACAUUCCAACCUAAAAAAACACAAUGUCAUGUUAUUUUUCUCUUUGUAAGAAAUUGUUUUUGACAGGUACAUGUACAUCUUAUUUAGCGCCCAUUCGAUAUUAAACCAUUUCAUAACGUUUCAAUAGUAAUCUUUUAUUCAGUAGUAAGAAAUAUCUCAAAAAGCCUACAACCUAAAAUGUCUCGCCAAAUUCCAUGCAUAAGAAGUAUUUUUUUUUACUUUUUGGUUAUAAAUGUUAUACUUUAAUGAUAAAUGAAGACGCUGUCUUUUACAUAACACACUAAGCUGAGCAAUAGACUCAUUAAUUUCAUAUAUGUUUAUAAAUUUACCGUGAAAAUUUGAUCGCUUAAUAUAGCUUUACCCGAACUUAAUCUAGGUUUCAAUCUUAAAAGGAUGGGGGCUUGUACAAACCAUGAAAUAGAUUCAAUCAAUCCAUCAAUAAAUCAAUCAAAUUCUUUUUGAAAAAUAUUCCUCAUCUACUUUUGAAUUUGCAUUUUAUCAAAAUUCAAUCAUCCGCGCUGUCGCAUAAAGAAAAUUAUUAGUUCAAACUUUUAUGCCGAUCGAUGCAAACACUCUCUUUAUGAUGAGAAAAAUGUACGGGUAUUGAUGAACAGAUGUAUUAAAUAAUCUAAUUCGGUAUCAGUGACAAAGUGAGAUAAGAUUAAUACUGGCAAUCGAUUGUAAUUUUCUGUAUAUGGUUUGCAACAGGAUUACAGUUUAAUACGAUUGAUUGUACAAACCAAUGUGUCUUUUUGUCACUGUGCCCCCUCGGAUAGUUUCUCAUAAAGCUCUUCGUGAAAUUUAUGUCAAUUAUGGAAUGCCAUCGAUGUCAUAAUUCUUCACAACGGGCGUAUACACUGCCACUCAACCAUGAAAAUUGUCCUUUUGAAUUGUCAAUACAAAACGGUGAUGCAUUACAUAUUUAGAUAACACUUUGAAUACAAUUGAAUACCACUGCACAUCUUUACGAUUGAUUUACGACACGAAUUAAGAGUAGAAUCUUUAUAGAAACAAUAAUAUACGAAUUUGUAUAGCGUAGAAAAUAAUGAUCUGAACAUUAAAACAUGCAAUAAUCUACUGCCCAAUAUUCUCAAUCGACGUAUGAAUGUUUGAAAAAAUAUAUAAUUUUAUUCAAUCCUCUUGGUAGGUAUAAGAGCGAAUGUCAUUCAGAAUCGUAAUGAUGUCAUGUCAGUCGUAUGAAUCGCCACGAUUUUUUGACGAUUCGCUACGAUUUCAUUGCAGCUAAACCUGAAGGCUUGCAAUUAUUCAUAAUCUUAAAAAUUCGCAUUUUAAUAGUUAUCCAGAACAUCUUGUAAGAUCAUAUAUUUAUAUCAUUUAACAAAUAUGCAAAACACCGUUUCUUUUUAAAAUCAGGUCGUAGACCAGUCGUAAGGUGUGCAGUGGCUGUUGUACUCUUGUUGAUUUUGACGCUGUCUUCCAGUGUUUGAAAAUACAUGUAUUUACAGUAUUAAGAUAAAUCGUUUGUAAGGCGGAGUGAGUACGUAGACAUUUAGUUCGAAUAUAUAAUCAUGUUUCUAUAUGCAUUCCACAAAAUAGACAUUUAUUCAUGCUUUUAUAGAAUGACAUUGCAUAUUUGUUUAUAUAUUAUAUUUGCAAUAUUAAAGCAUCGCACAAUGUUUUUAUUUACAAUAUUUCAUGCAUGUAGAAGAGUUUUUAUCACACCAAUUUAUUCUUCCACAGAAAAAAUAUCUUGAAUAUAUCAAAUAAAUGUAAAGCAAAUUGAGAAUACGCCUGUGGUAUCGUUUUGAUUAAUUGCUUGUAUGUCUUUUCUGAGUAGGUAGAGCGUGAUGAGAUAUGAAUUAAAGAAAAAUGUGGUAAAAUGUGUUAUUCAAAGUAGCGGCGCGCCGCGGCGGGGCCAUCAGGAACCGUUCAAGUGUAGGUAAGUUGAGGCAGUGCGCCGGGGCGGGGUUAUGCGGCAGGUCAUAUAUCACAGUGGUGGGACUUUUUUUCAAGCCUCACUUGAAAAUAGUGAAAACGUACCAGAAGAUAAAAUUUGGUUAGAAUAAAAAAAGAGCAAUAAUUAUGCAGCUCUGGAACACGUAAUAUAACAUUUCAAAUUUGACCUUACUAGUUUCAGGGGUACUCAUUUAGAUAUAUACAGGAACUUCGUUUAUGCAUAGCGUAUAAUAUGAAAACGAGCAUGUUAAAAGUAUAUAGAUUAACCAGGGGAACACUUCAUCAUUU